CAGGAGGCUUCGGGGGCAUUCUCAAUGCUGAAUAAAACACGCACAUUCAAGCAGAGUCGCUACUUUAACAGACAAAUACAGUUAUUAAGGCAUUUAGUGACGGCGGUGGGCUUUGUGUUUGCAGCUGCUCUGCCAAGUGGAGCCAACUUGUGGAGAGAAACAUCUGAAGAACAUCUCUCCAACACUCUGUUACUUCACUCAAGUGGGACUUGGGAAGUCGCAUCAUGCCACAGUUCAACACAAUGUGGGUGUACUUUUUGAUGGUCCUAAAUCCAGUUGUGACAAACACCAUCACCGAGGACAUAGAUGUUUUGGUCUUUUUGCCACAAAAUAACUCCUACCUUUUUUCACACGCACGAGUCGCUCCGGCGAUCCUUUACGCACAGACACGGCUCCAGACAGACGGGCAGUUCUCCGGCUUCCACUUCAACAUCCACUUUGAGAACUCCGACUGUGCCAAUGAUGCCAUGUUACUGCUGGUGGAGAGGUCGUGUGGGCAGAUGCCGGAUCUGAUCCUUGGUCCAGUUUGUGAGUAUGAGGCUGCAGCGCUGGUGAGGCUGGCAUCGCACUGGAACAUCCCGGUGAUCUCAGCAGGUGCCCUGGCACUCGCCUUCGGCAACAAGAACGGCGAAUACUCCCACCUGACCCGCAUUGCCCCGUCCUACGUGAAAAUGGCAGAGACCUUCACCGCGAUGUUCGAGCACUUCACUUGGAGGAGCGCAUUGCUCGUGUACGAGGACGACAAGCAGGAGCGGAACUGCUACUUCACUUUGGAGGGAGUCUAUCAUCACAUGACUGACUUCAACAUCAAAAUCUACCAUUUUUCCCCGGAGGAUCGCCUGGACCCUGAGGACAUCCUCCACCACAUCUAUGACACUGAAGUGGUGAUCAUGUGCAUGGGAGCAGACCAAAUACGAGAGAUCAUGCUGGCUGCACACAGACAUCGGUUGACCAAUGGAAAUUAUAUGUUCUUUAAUGUCGAACUCUUCAAUGCUUCUUCUUAUGGUAAUGGCUCAUGGAAGAGAGGAGAUAAAUAUGACAAUGAUGCAAGGCAAGCCUAUUCCUCUCUGAACACAGUGACGCUGCUCAGGACAAUUAAGCCAGAAUUUGAGAACUUUUCCAUGGAAAUGAAAAAGUCCAUUGAAAAAGCUGGGAUUCAUGACUGCGAGGACUGCGAAAGUGUCAACAUGUUUGUUGAGGGAUUCCAUGAUGCCAUGUUGCUGUAUGCCGGCGCCUUGCAUGAAGCUAUGAAAAAUGGAUACAGUAAGAAGAAUGGAACAGUGAUUACUUCACACAUGUGGAACAGAACCUUUGAGGGAAUCGCUGGCCAGGUAUCCAUGGAUGUUAAUGGUGACAGAAAUGGAGAUUUCUCUUUGAUGGCCAUGACCAAUUUUGAGGCAGGAACCUAUGAGAUGGUAGCCAACUACUUUGGAGUAAAUGGAUCUUUUCAGAUGCUGCCUGCAUUCAACACUGAGCAUUUCACUUUGAGAGGAAGACAUAAAGCACUUCCGGAGAUUGCUGACAAAUCAUGUGGACUUGGAGUAUCAGCUUUGACUGGAGUCAUAGUGGGAGCUGUUCUUGGAACUGCUCUGCUUAUAGCGUUCUACUUUUUCAGAAAGAACUACAGGAUUACAAUUGAGCGUCGCUCACGUAGUGAAGAGGGUGACACUGGGAAGCACCGUCAGUUACGAGAGGACUCUAUCAGAUCUAACUUCUCCGCAGCAUAAUUAGCAGCAGUGGCAGUCCCUUCACAGAGAAUCACACAUCUGAAUGUGACCAAAGACUGAGAUAUUUUGUGUUUGUAUCCUUUAAUGUUUUGACUUAUUGUAACUCAGGACAGUUGUAACAGUCACAAAGCACCACUUACUCAGAUGUUCCUCCAUACAAAGGUAUAUGAUUGUAUUGGUGUAUAGAAAGCUCUGGCAAAAAUAUAUAUAUAUCAUGACUAUGAAUGAUUAAGAACAGAGUGUAUGUAACACUACAUUAGCAUGCACAAGUAGGGUGGGUGAGGUCUACUGUACUUUUGCCUUCAGGUUGACAAAUAGAGGCCUCAUGUUUAAACAAUAGCGGAGCUAAACUUGAUACAGCUGGAGUUAAGUGACUAAAAAGAGAUAUAGGCCAGAUCUAUUUCUACACAUAUAGGCUAUAAGCUACUGAUAUUAAGCUACUGAUAUUGUAAUGUUUUCAGUUCACCAUAACUUUGUUGUGAUCAAGCAGCCUCCACACAAACCAAAUUCCUAAUUCUUAAAUGAGGACAUUGCUCCUAAAUUGAAAGACACACUGUCAGUUAUCAUCUCUUAAAAUUGUAUCUCUUCUUCAUACAUUCUUAUAUUAUUUUAGAAUUAUGAGUAUUUUGUACCCCAGGUGCUCCUAUAUAAACUGUGGUACCACUUUCUGAUGGGAAAACAUUUCAACAUAUAAUUUAUAAAUGAUUUAUAAAAUGGUUUAUACAUCAGUAAUAGGGACGACAUGGGUUAGAUUGUCUUGGUUUUUUGGCUAAUUGUCCUCCCAAUGAACUAAAGGAAAGCUAUUUACAAACUUAGUAGUUUGUAGCUCUGGAUUAGCUAUGAUUGUUUAUGAUCAUCUGACCUGCCAGUCCUGCAACAGCACAUUUCAUGUGUUCUGACAUCUUUCAAAGAGAACAGUGUCACCACAAUUGAUUGAACCGGUGGCCAGAGCUGCAAAAACUGCAGCCAAAGAAACACAAGAUAACGAUUUUCAAAAAUGCUAAAAAAUUACUUUAUAGAGAUAAUUAUAUAUAAAGCAAGGUUACUGUUGAAGUAGGAUAAACAAAAGUUGUUUUAUUCAUGUUUUAUUACUGACACAUUAAUUAUUGACUUAUUUAAUAUUACCAAAGACAUUAUGUUUAUUGUGAAUUAUAAAGCCUAAAUAUUCCUUAUCAGAAAGUGGAACAGAAAUCAUAAUGAACUGACGUACAUGACAGGUAAUAUUUAUAUGGUAUAAUGGCAGUGUGGGAUACAUUCCAAAACAGUGGAGACUAUGUGAAAUUUCUGUCAGUUGCUUUAUUCAUGCAGACUUUAAAAGAAUUCAAAGUUUUUAUAGAAACAAAAUAAAGACAACCAUCCAAGCCUGUUGGUUCAGUUUGUGUGUUGUGGAAAAGAUUGGGAGGGUAAACAGAUUUAUUUAAAAUUUUAAAAAUGUGUUAUUCUGGAGCACCUCAUGCACUUACUAAUUAACAAUUAUUACUGUAGUGCCUUUUGGUAUCUGGUAGGGUAUAGUGAUUUUACAGUGACCUAAAUAUAUUUAAAUUAUUUUAUGUUAUUUAUAACAUCAAUAUUAUGAGGCUGUUUCUCUCUCUCAAUUUUUCAUUCAAACUUCAUCCCUUUUGGUUUCUUCCCAUGAUUAUGUUUUCAUGUAUACCUAUUUUAGCUUAGUGCCAGGUUUUCGAAAUUCCAAUUAUAAACUAAUCAUGUAAAGUUGUAUUAUUCAUUGUAGGGCACAUGUAAAGAAAAUACAUCAUUACGCCAAGAUAUCUGACAAAUCAUGGAUGCUAGUUUGUCGCUGGUUUUUCGAGACAUUAUUUUACAUAAUUUCAUACCACGUACCAAUUUUAUACUCCUUGUGGAAUGCACAUCAGAAGGGUCAAGAUGACGUAUUCACAGAUCAGUCUAUGCAUAAUAAAUCUGCUUGAUUUUUAAUUGUGCUUUUCUUUGUUUAUUAUGGCCUUUUAUGACCCUUAUUUGAAAGGACUGAGAGUUUUAGCAGUGAAAGGGUGGCAGGGAGAGUGGGAGAUAACAUGCAGCAAAGGGUCACAGACUGGAAUCGAACUGAGGCCACUGCAUAUAUAGGGGGAUAGCUCUACCAGGUGAGCCAUACGCCCCCCCGGGUUGUGCUUUUCCAUGAUUAUUUUCAAAACAAUCAAAAGAUACAGCCACAAUAAUCAAGCAAUAUGGAUG